GCAAGCCAGUUGGAUGCUUUAAGCCACAAUGUGUAUCAAAAGAUUUUGGCUGCUCAGUCUGUGUGCAAGUCUCGCCUGCUAUGCAGCAGGUCAUGCCACCGAAGACUCAGAAACCGAAGUGAGCAAGUUUCUGCGCCACUUGGAUGUUAUACCAGAUGUCUUGGAUAUGGGACCACAAGAAUUUCUCAAUGUUACCUAUGCGGGCAACAUACGCGCCGAUCGCGGCGUGGAGCUGCAGCCAAUGCAGGUGCGUGAUAAGCCCACAGUCAACUGGAUAGCGGGCAAGGAUAACUACUAUACACUCAUAAUGGUUGAUUCAGACUGGCCCAACAAAGAACAUCCCAAGCGCACUGAGUUUCUGCACUGGCUGGUGGUCAACAUACCAGGCUCAAAGCUGGAAAUGGGCGAUGUACGUGCUAGCUAUGUGGGCGCCAUGCCGCCAAAGAAAAGCGGAUUGCAUCGCUAUGUCUUGCUGCUGUACAAGCAGUCGGAGCAUAUGAUGUUUGAUUUUGAUAAGGUGCCCAAUCAUAGUGACCAGGGACGCACCGCCUUCAGCACCAAACAGUUUGCCAAGCUCUAUAAGCUAAAAGUGCCGCUGGCAGGAAAUUUCUUUACGAGCAGCUGGAGCAGCGAUGUACCAGCAUUGCACAAGGCCAUCAUGCCGGGUGAAAUCAAGACGUAGUUGCUGUCGAUUUGGGCAAUCAUCAAUAUAUAUUUAUAUAACAGUCUGUGUAUCUUUUGGCCGGUUUUUAGCGCUUGCCAAAGAAAUGAAUAAAUUAAGAUAAAGCCAGCGAAAUGCUUAGCUUAUUGCCAGUUGACU